UGGGAAGCUGCGGUUCAGAGCGACACGGACCGAGCGAGUGGCAGUACCGACACGACACGACACGACGCAGCACGCUUCCUUAACGCUGCCUGCCAGGCAUUGCUGAGAAAACAUCCAGAAUCAUGUGCGGUGUAAGCAGCGCCGCCUCGUAAAACGAACCGGUCCGUUUUUAGCCGCAUUUAUUUAUUUAGUCAGUGCAUGACCGGCAUAUCGCGCAGUUUUUGGAGUUCUGAAAGCAGAAUGACAGGCUUAUAGAGGAUUUUUUAUUUCUCAACGCUGACAAACCUUUUCAGAAAAGGGACCGCCAAAAACACAGCAUUUUUUGAUGUACUUCAUCAUAUGGUAUUAAAAGUAUCCUGUUGUGAUCGACAUCUGCAUGACGCUUUUGGAGCUCAAGAUGACAACAGCAAUGGACACGAACAACAAUAAUACAGGAGGCGUGAUCUCCUACAUAGGUUCAUGUGGAGGUUCCCCAAACCGCACCAGCCCCGUGUCCAUGUACAGCGAGAACUCCAACAGCAGCUUCCAGUCACUGGGCUUCUCUCAGCCGUCCUUCGGUUCCUCUUUCCCACCCUCGCCCAAUGGUUCCCAGGAUUCCUCACGCAUCUAUCCCAGCAGCGGCAGCUCCAGUCUGGGCUCCGGGGAGGAUGCCAGCUCCUCCAGUUCAGGUGGCUCGCCUCGUGGCCGCGAUGAGGGCGGCAGCUCACGUUCCUCCCCCAGCAAGUGUGUCGCCAGCCUCACGAAGCUCAACGGCAUGGUGCUUCUAUGCAAGGUGUGUGGAGAUGUGGCGUCCGGCUUCCAUUACGGCGUUCACGCCUGCGAGGGCUGCAAAGGGUUCUUCCGUCGUAGCAUCCAGCAGAACAUCCAGUACAAGAAGUGCCUCAAGAACGAAACGUGUAUCAUCAUGAGAAGUAACCGCAACCGAUGCCAACAGUGCCGCUUCAAGAAGUGUCUAUCCGUUGGCAUGUCCCGCGAUGCUGUGCGUUUCGGCCGCAUCCCCAAGCGCGAGAAGCAGCGAAUGCUGGCGGAGAUGCAGAGCGCGAUGAACAACAUGGUCAACAACCAGCUGGCUGGCCUGACCUCCCCCUCCUCCCCAGGCAUGGCCAUUGCUCCUCAGGCUCUGCCGGCCCAGCCCUCAACUCUGACCCCUUCGCCGCCAGCCCCCUUGUCUGCUUCUCCCCCACCUCCCCUUCUUACCCAGAGCCCACCCCCACCCUUGCCUGCUACCUCACCUCCUCUCUGCCCGAGCCCCACUGUGGACCACACCAUUUCUGCCAUUGCACGGGCCCAUCGCGAGACCUUCGUUUACGCUCACGACAAGCUAGGUCAGGGUUUGCGCAUGCAAAAUGGUGGAGAGCUGGACAACCAGGAGCCCAACCGCUGUUCCAACGGAUACCACCUCAACAGCCUCAACACCAUCUUCCACCAUGACAACAACGUGCCGCAGCAUCACGGCUAUAAAUCUGAGAACGGCUGCCUCGUCACCCCCUCUUCCACCAACGGGCACUACAACGGCCUGUCUCACCACAACAACGGCCAUCGGUUCUGCCCGAGUAACAGCAACACAUUCGGGAAUCAGCAAGGCCAGGAGUUCAGUGGUACCCCCCAGGGUCAGAAUUGCCCCUGGAAGAAGCGCAAAGAAAUCCUGUUGGCGUGCCCCAUGAAUAUGUGUCCCCAGGCAGACCCCAACAAAUCCCCACAGGAGAUCUGGGAGGAUUUUUCUCUCAGCUUUACACCAGCAGUGCGUGAAGUGGUGGAGUUUGCCAAGCACAUUCCAGGAUUCAAUGAGCUUUCCCAGCACGACCAAGUCACCUUGCUCAAAGCCGGCACCUUCGAAGUCCUGAUGGUGCGUUUCGCCUCCUUGUUCAACGUGAAGGAGCAGACAGUGACCUUCAUCUCUGGUGCAACCUACAGCAUAGAAGCACUGCGUGGCAUGGGCAUGGGAGACCUGCUGAGCACCAUGUUUGAUUUCAGUGAGAAGCUCAGCGGGUUGCAGCUCACAGCUGAGGAGCUGGGACUCUUCACCGCUGUGGUGCUGAUCUCCGCAGAUCGCAGCGGCAUCGAGAACGUGAACUCGGUGGAGCUACUGCAGGAGAGCCUAAUCCGUGCCCUUCGCACCCUCGUGAACAAGAACGCUCCUAACGACACCUCGCGCUUCACCAAGCUGCUGCUCAAGCUGCCCGACCUGCGCACGCUCAACAACAUGCACUCGGAAAAGCUGCUGUCCUUCCGAAUCGAUGCCUGAGCUGUUGCCGGCCGCCGCUUCCAGCUGUCAUGCCCGGAGGUGCAGAGGGCCGGGCUCCAAGGGAACAGCAUGGCACACUAGACCCAAGGAGAGAUGGCUCUCAGCUGCUGGGGUAGCACCUGCAAAGUCUUGCAUCCGCCCCGCUGACCUCCUGCCUGCAUGUAUCCGAAAACACGUCAAGGCAGUGAAGCAUCAGACAAACUACAGGAUUGUGAUGACAGCCCAGGACAUCUGCAAAGAUUCCUGGGAGGUUCAAAUGGAAGUUCACCAACUAGCCAAGGUUCAAGGGCUCAUCACUGUAGAGUCUAGUACUGGCAGAAGGUAACAGUCAAUUAAAUCAGUGGCUAAAAAUUACCCAGACCGGACUGUUGGUGACCAGAACAGAUGUCCCUCAACCCCAGGCAGACUGAUGUACUGUAAACACUCCCAGCGCUAGGUUCGCCUUCACUACACACAACCAAUCGUGGGCCCUUCCAAAAGGCUGCUAUAUGCAUUCAGAAUUUAUAUGGUCUGUUCCACAUACGCUGUAAUGUGUGCAGUACUGCACAUGCAUGUACAAUAAACCCUGUGACUUUGUACAAACUGUAAAUAUCUAUAAAUAUAUAUUAUAUAAAUAUAUAAACGAAAUGUUUGACAACUAUGUAAACUAUGUUUUUCUUUUAAGAUGAAAAGCUC